AUGUCUCUCGACCUUCUUCCAUCCCUCGCUUCCACCCCCGUCCUGUCCUCUGUUGUCGACAACGUCUGCGGCUCGACCCUGAGACGAUGGUCCCGUAAACCACCCAUGUCGACGAAAGCUGCCGCGCCCCCGGGCGACGUCGCCGACCGCGGACACGGCGCCCUGGUCCUCUUCUGGACCACCGCGGCGGCGGGCACCGUCAUCGUGGGCCUCCGCUUCCUCGGCCGCAAGAUGCGCCGCCGGACCGGCCUGGACGACUGGAUCAUGCUCCUCACGCUGGUGCGUCUUGCCCCGUCCCCCGUCCCCCGUCCCUCCGUGCCCCGUUCUCCUCCCCCCAACCCCCGGCUGAUCGAUCCGCCAUGGUUGGUGCAGGUGCUCUACAUCGUCUGGGUGGCGCUCCUCAGCAAGGUCAUCUCGUGCGGCGGCCUCGCCCACGCGGCCCGGCUGAGCGCCGCGCAAAUGGCCCGCGCCGCGCAGUGGAGCUGGAUGUCGCAGCCGUUUGUGGUCAUGGGCUUCGCCACGGGAAAGGCCUCGGUGGGCGUGCUUCUGUGGCGCGUGGUCGGGUCGACGACCUUUUGGCGCAAGUGGGUGACGGUGUUUGCCGUCGCGUCGGCGUUUGCCCUGAGCGUCGUCGACGUCGUCCUCACGUUUGCGCAGUGCUCGCCCGUCGAGGCCCUGUGGAAGCAGGAGCUGCUGGCCGGGGAGACCGCGCGGUGCUGGGACCCGAGCAUCCAGACCAACUUUGCCCUCGGGCUGUCUGCCUGGAACAUCCUCACCGAUCUGUACCUGGCCGUCCUGCCGGCCACCUUUCUCUACAGGCUCAACCUGACGUUUAGGAAGAAGCUCGGGCUGUGCGCCCUGCUGGGCCUGGGCGCCACGGCCGCCGUGUUUGCCGCCGUCAAGACCAGCUACCUAUAUCAGCUGUCUGCGCGAUCCGACAUUACCUGGGAAACGUACAACCUGUACGUCUGGUCCGGGCUGGAGCUCUUCGUCAUCAUCGUUUGCGGCAGCCUGCCGCCCAUCAAGCCCGUGUGCGACUGGAUGCUCGGCAGGCCCGUCAGCGCCGCCGUCGCCCGGUACGCCAGCAAGCAGUCGGCCAGCUCGCCCUCCCGCCCGACCAUGGACGCCGACCGCGUCAGGGCGGCCGACGCCGACGUCGAGCUGCACCCCCGCCCUGGUCGCGGCCACGACGUCUCCCCACACUCGACGACGUAUUCGUUACUCCCGGAGCAGCAGCACGGCUACAGCCCGCCUUAG